CACAGAUAAGCCUCAAGUGCAUAUUCAGAUGACUUACCCUCUACAAGGCCUAACCCGGGAAGGGGAUGCGCUCGAGUUAACAUGCGAAGCCAUCGGGAAGCCCCAGCCGGUGAUGGUGACCUGGGUUAGAGUCGAUGAUGAAAUGCCUCAGCAUGCCGUCCUGUCCGGGCCCAACCUGUUCAUCAAUAACCUAAACAAAACAGAUAAUGGUACAUACCGCUGUGAAGCCUCUAACAUAGUGGGGAAAGCUCACUCGGAUUAUAUGCUGUAUGUUUACGAUCCCCCCACAACUAUCCCUCCUCCCACAACAACCACCACCACCACCAUCCUUACCAUCAUCACAGGUACGGUACCUUCAUUCCCACCGAAAAUGUCCUGAAUGUAUAUUGUCUUUCUGGUAUGGAUGCAAAGACACCGAGAAGUUCCCUUGAAAUCCUUG